AGUGUUCUCCUGCUUCCCCCCCUUCAGUCUUCAGCCCGUCGAAUAGAGAAAGAGAGACAGAUGGAGAAGCCAAAAUUGUUCCUUUCUUACAUAAUCCUGACAGUAAUGGCGGUGGAUUUAUGUUUGAUAGCUCAAAGCAGGGAAAUUGAGUCACCACAGUACACGGUUGUGCACUCAGAAUCAGAUUUUGAGGUGAGAUUUUACAGGGACUCUGUUUGGAUGAGUGCACCUGCCAAAGAAACCUCCUUUCGGAAAGCCACAAAAGAUGGUUUUCACAGGUUAUUUCAGUAUAUUCAAGGGGCAAACUUGAACUUCUCUAGGAUCUACAUGACUGCACCUGUCUUGACAAGCAUUGUUCCGGGAGCUGGACCACUUCAUGCAUCAGCAUACUUCGUGAAACUCUAUCUACCUCUCAAGUUUCAAGCCAGCCCACCACUUCCACUUCCUGAACUCAAUCUUGCACCUGAUUCCUGGAGCAGUCACUGUAUCGCUGUAAGGCAGUUCUCAGGAUUCGCCAGGGACAGCAACAUUGUCAAAGAAGCCGAGAAAUUAGCCAUCAGUUUGAGCAGAUCUCAGUGGGCAAAUUCAACUUCCCACAGCGAAUAUGCUUACUCAAUUGCCCAGUACAACAGUCCUUUCCGAAUUAUUGGACGUAAGAAUGAGGUUUGGGUUGAUGUUGCUGGAUCUGAAGCAAAUGGGUGCAAGUCAAGCCUGCUGGCUUCAUACUGACUGCUAAAGAAUUCGAAUCAAGCAUAACCCUGCAUGUUUGUAUUUAAGAUCUGAGACAAGCUGCUGGAACAUUUGCCAUGUACAUACACAAUCCACACCCCAAGAGAUUUCUCACAUAAUGUUAUCCUUGGCUAAAGAAAUGGUAUCGUACUUAUUGGUACUCAA